AAAGGCCAAAGCAAAAAGGGGUUCUAAACAUAAAUUAUAUGCAUCAAGUGAUAACAAAGAAACACAUGAUGCUAAACGCCGUAAAGAUAAAAGUGGAACAAGGACAUUUGUAGUGUUAGCUGAGUCGGUAUAUCCUAGUGAAGUUCCAUGA